GUGAGGCGGAACUUAAAAUUGUGUGAGGGUGUUUCCGAGGGGAGGAACUUCAAGUGCAACACCAGAACCCGUCGUGUGUUUACAUUUGAACUUUCUGCGGACCUGCAGAGAUGUCCACCCUCUUCCCGUCUCUGUUCCCGCGUGUGACAGAGUCUCUGUGGUUUAAUCUGGACCGUCCGUGUGUGGAUGAAGCCGAACUACACCAACAGGAGCAACAGCACCAGACCUGGUUGCAGAACAUCUCAGAGAAAGACAACAACCUGAUGCCCAUCGGGAGGCCCAUCUUUGAGACCUUCGAUGAGGAAGAGGAGGAGGAUGAUGAAGACGAGGAGGACAGCGAGGAAGACUCAGAGGAUGAUGAAGACAUGCAGGACAUGGACGACAUGAACAUCUACAAUGAGUUCCCUGAUGACGGAGAAAUUAAUGAGGUCGACAUGGAAGGAGCCGAUCAAGACCAGGACCAGUGGAUGAUCUAGGCCGGAUCCAUCAGUCAGACGAUAAACUGGAGCUGGUGACGUCUGGAGUGUCGUGAAGUGUGUGUGUGUGCUGCUGAAAUACUCACAGGACUGUUAUUUAUACGCGUCACACACACACCGUCAGCCCAAGUGUUCAGUGUUACUAAAGAUCCUCUUCACUGCUAAAAUGCAUUGUCUUGUUUUCAGUCCAAAAUAUCUAAAAGUUCUUAAAUCGAGAUGUAUUUACUAGAUGAGUACAAUGCCAUAAGCUAUUAUGUCCUGUUUUCCGGGGAAUUAAUCAAAAUUAAGUGAUUUUUGCUUUAUAAAAAACAAAUGAUCUGGAAAUGCGGAAAGAAAGAUCAAAUUCAAACAGAAACUAGAUUAUUGGCAGAUCAUUUAGCAUCAACUCACUUCAUUUUUAUUAAUUUCCCCUGAAAACAAGACUUAAAGUCAUUUUACUACUUCACUAAGUUAAGAAUUUCUAGAUAUUUGGACAAAAAUACUAAGUCAGAAAAGCAUUUUUUUUGCAGCGUUCUCCUAAAACUAGCACUUGUCACAACAUGAACUUUUGUCACUUUAAAGGCUUGUACAAAGUGUUCAGUCGGUCAAAUAUAAAGUUAUUGAGUUACUGGGCAUUUCUGCGUGUCAUCCAGGCGAGUUCAUGAGUCAGCACAGAAACACUGACGGAUUUAUCCUGCUGUUUGGAUCAUAUUUCUUUGUGGUUGUAAAUAAAUUUGUAGUCAAUUAUUCA